GAAUGGUUGGUGACGGCGGAUUCACUGGCACGACUGUGCUUUUUUGAACUAUCUCAAGCGCUUGAGCCGAGCGCUUCGCACAAGGAACGGCAGUGCAAAUGUCAUCUGGAAGUGACCGAACCAGUCUAUGCGAUGACCAGCAUCUUCGACAGAUUGGUGUGCGGUGAUGCGGCUGGUCAGCUCUCUGUCUACACUUGGGCCGAUAUCGGCAGCUUCUCGCAGAGUGGCCAGCUCGCUCCAAUUUGCAGAUUUAGCGCUUUCCCAACGAAUAUCUCGGCUGCUCCACCAAAUGAAAUUAAUGCGCUAGCAACGAUGAACGGCGAUCGCAUCCUCUAUGCUGGCGCAAUGGAUAAUGCAGUACGCCUGGCGAGCAUCGAACGCCCCGACAAGGUACUUUCUCUUUUGCAGUAG